ACACCAGAGUUUUGAAAUAAAAACAGGGUUUUCAGUGUUUCCAGAAAGUCUUUGUUCUCAAGGACCGGAAACUCCAAAGUAGUGUGGACCGCAGCGAAAGUUACGCAUUUUAAACAAAAACGCACUAGUGAAUUCUCGUAUUCAGUCAUGGGAUUCAAAGCAACAUAUUUGGUUCUGCUCAUGUGUGUCGCCAUCAUCCUCACCAGCACUAAAGAUCAGAAUCAUUCACGAUCUAAUCCUGACAUAUUCUGUCCUAAUGCUCCUCUGCAGAUGUGGACUUACCCAUCACGCAAAGGACCUCGCCGUGACACUUGCUGUAGGACCGUUUUAGAGAAAAUCCCACGGCGCAUUCUGCGAUUAGUUACCAGUUGUGAGAUGCAGAGGAAUUAUGGAGCCUGUCCCAUCAGGGCAUUGAUAUUACAUAUCAGAAACAGGCCAAUCUGUGCACAUCCCAGAAUGUUGAAGAAACUGAAGAAGAUUCACGAAACCGGCUUAAAUGCAAACAGGAAAUGAAUGAACAUGAUUGUGCAAUCUGUUUAUAAUCCAAGUGGAAGUGAUACAGUUUCAAUAUUUUGCUGCCUAUUUUUCAGCUGACAGUACCAAACAUUAUGCAGGUUACUACAAUAUACAGUAUAUAUUCUUUGUAUGCUCUGCUUUUUAAUGAAAUAAAACCAUUUUUUCACUUUU